UCCAUCUAUAGUACCCUUGUUGCACAGUAGCUUGGCCUAACCCGUGGCUAGAUAAAGAAGGAUAUUUCAUCCCAAUAUGGCUUGAUGAUUUGGAUGGGUAGGUUCCCUCUUUGUGAAUAUAAAAAUAACAAGCAUUUAUUUUAUUAGAUGCUAAAAUACAAACACGAUCUCAAAAUAAAGUAAUAACACGAUUUAAAUGGCUGCAUGGACGGUCACUGUGAAGUGAAUGAAAAUUCUCAAAUCUUUUUCAGUAGCUGCAAGAUGUGUGGUGCAGGGAGACCCACAUUACACGACGUUUGAUGGGCUCUAUUACGACUUCAUGGGCGCGUGCAUCUACACAACAGCCAAGCUGUGCAACAUCUCCUCCUCCCUGCCCCACUUCAACGUGGAGACUAAAAACGAGCGCUUCAACCCAAGCAUAUCUGUGCUCCAAGAUGUUUACGUGGACGUAUUCGGACACAGGAUAACCAUGACUACACAUCACAUCCUACUGUUGGAUGGGGAGCGGGUGACGCCCCCACUGGUGUUACCGGGGAUGCACGUGUCUCUGAGCGGCUCAUACCUCGUGCUCAUGACCAACUUCAGCCUCACGGUUCGUUUCGAUGGGUACUAUCAAGUGGUGGUGUCUGUACCAAUGGAGUACGCUGGGCAGCUCUGUGGACUCUGCGGAAACUUUAAUGGUGAUAUUGAUGAUGACUUACUGAUGCCAAAUGGGUCAUUGGCUGCUUCCGAAACCAAGCUGGGAAACAGUUGGAUAUCAGAUAACAGCUCAGCUGACUGCGACGUUGACUUUGAGCCUCCAGGUCCCUGUGAUGCGGAAGAACAGGCUAAGUUUGAAUCGGAGGAAUUUUGUGGAAAGAUACAUGAUGUCAAUGGAGCAUUCCAAGAGUGCCAUGCAGUGGUUAAUCCAGAGCAGUUCUUCAUCACCUGCGUUCUUGACCAGUGCUGGAUGGAUGGGAACGAGCAGUUCCUCUGUGCCUCCAUGCAGACCUACGCUGACCAGUGUGCCCAGCAUGGGGUCAUCAUCAUGUGGAGGAACGACACCUUCUGCCCGCUCGAAUGCCCUGCAGACAGCCACUAUGAGAGCUGUGCCCCACCGUGCCCAGCCACGUGCAGCAAUGUGACCCUCCCAGGUGCCUGCCAGCAGCCCUGUGGGGAGGGCUGUGUCUGUGAUGAGCGUUUUGUCUUCUCAGGAGACAAGUGUGUCCCUCAAGAUCAGUGUGGCUGCAUGGACGACAACGACCUCUAUCAUCCGCUUGGGGACAGCUGGUUUGCAACACAGAACUGCAGUCUGCAUUGCUCUUGUGGCGAUGCUGGAGGCAUGGUCUGUGAGCCCUGGCAGUGUGGAGGCUCCGAAAUCUGCAGUGUGCAGAAUGGAAGCCUGGGCUGUCACAGCUAUGGUAAGAUUUUCCCAACAUAUCCUACCCCAAUGUAAGAAAUAAUCAAGACCGCUCAUUUGC